GGGGAAUGCCUGAGAAAGCCAAGCAAAUAGUUACAUCUGCCCAGACCGGAUGACAUGGAGCGACUGCUGUUGUGUGUAGCAGACUCCACAUUUGAGUGACAUUCCCUGCUGGAGCACUGGAGGAAGCCAGGAGCAUGUGUGAUCCGGUGAAGAACUUGGUUCAGAAGUUGCUGAAGUUUUUCUAGAGGCUGAGGGCUCCGGGUGAGGCCUUGGUUCUUAGAAGACUGAACUGCGGGCACUAUUGGGUGCCCUUCAUUAUAAUCUUCUCGUAGGCCUGCCAUGGAUGAGACACAGGAACCUCUAGCCUUGACUGUGCAUCUUCUUGCCGACACUGGGAAUGGCUUGCAUCUGCAGCAGGCUCUGGACCAACUCCUGGAUUGUAUCUGCCCAGAGUUGCGUCUCUUCUUGGUGUCUGAACGGGCCAGACCAAUGAAUUACCAUGAAAAGUACCACCCGCGGAGGACCCGCUUCCCAGGGAUGUCUGUUUUGCUCUUUCUUCAGGAAAGCCUGGGACAGGAACGGUUGUUUCGAGUCUUGGACUUCCUACAGCGUUCACCCUGGCAGGGAUUCCGUACCCAGCAUGCGCAGGGGAGGCCUUGUCCUUACUUCCCUGCCAAUCAGGAAUUCUACAGCCUGCACAACCAGAUGCCUGUGUGGGGUAUGAGGCCGGUGCAUUGUGGCACUGAUAUCCUCAGGGUGACUCUGUACUGCAGUUUUGAUAACUAUGAAGAUGCUAUCAGACUCUAUGAGAUGCUCCUACAGAGAGACGCCACUGUGCAAAAGAGCGACUUCUGUUUCUUUGUCCUCUAUGCCACCCAGAGCUUCAGCCUGCAGCUCUCUCUGAAGCAGCUGCCCCCAGGAAUGUCAGUAGACCCUAGAGAGUCUUCUGUGCUGCAGUUCAGGGUUCAAGAGAUCGGCCAGCUGGUGCCUCUUCUACCCAAUCCGUGUGUUCCCAUCAGCAGCACGAGGUGGCAGACUCAGGACUAUGAUGGCAACAAGAUUCUGCUGCAGGUCCAGCCAAAACCAGGACUUGGCAUCAAAAAUGGUGAACAUCCCUUCCUGAACGGCUGCUUGAGAGGUGACGCUCAUCCACAGGACUCCAGGAUAAAUUCCAUCUCCACACAGAGAACCUUGGAGCCAAGGAACCGGAGGAGGAGCAGGAGCUGGAGGUUCAAAGUACAUUCACUGGAGCUUCCACAGCCCAGUGGGUCAUGGGAAAACUCUAGUGAGCCGUUGUGGAGAAGGCCUGGCUGGUCCACCCUGGCGGAUGGCUCUGUCUCAGGCAUUCAGCAACGCCGAAUGUCUAACCCCAUUGAACCCAAAAUAGGAAUGAAUGCUUUAAGGGAAAAUGACUUUGAGAAACUCGAGGCAGAGACAAAUGUUGACACGGGCUUCACCAUUCUUAAUUCUGAACCCAGGCAAUCUUUUCUGAGCAGAUUUCCCAGGGAUUUUCAGAGCAGCCAACCAGCAGGCUGCUUGUCAGGCUCUUCCUUAGAGGUAACUGCUUCCCCAAACCAAGGAGUCUUUAAGGAUAGACUCCGCCCUUUGUCACUUCCUGGUCAAAGGGACUUUGGUGCGAAGAAGGUCAUCUCAAAAUGUCCGCAUCAUCUGCCAGAGCAGGGUGAAGAGAAAGAAGAAUUCUUUAUAUAACAUAAAACAAAUAUGUUUUUUUUCUAAGACACAAGAUAAGAGAAUGUUACAGAAACCAGGCGUUGUAUUAGUUACCUUUUUCAUUGAAAUAAGAAAUAUCCUAGAAGCAAAUGAAGGUUUGAGAGUCAGGUCCAUUCAUGGCUGGGAAGUCACGGAACCGAGAGUGUGAAGCAUCUGAUUGUUACCUCUACAGUCAGGUCGCAGAGAGGGAUGGGUGCUGGAAAUCUGUGUGCCUUUUUAAAAACUCAGUCUGGGACUCCAGCUCACGGAAAGGUGUUACCCAUUUUUAGGGUGGGUCUUCCUUCCUCAGCUAGGUCUUUCUGGAAACACCCUUCUAGAUACACCCAGAGGUAGGUUUCCACGGUGCAUCUGAAUCCAGUUAAGUUGAUUAUGAAAAUCGAUCUACAAACUUUUAGUUUCUUGCUCAUUUGAGAGAGAUCUAAGCUCCCAAUGCACAGGCUUAUAUUGCUUUUACUUCCAGGAUUAGAAGUCCAUGGGGAGCUGACAGUGUCCUGGCCGGCUGGAAGAGAGAGGAGGAAAGCCCAGGGUCUGAACUUCUCAUUGGCACAGCCCAGCUACAUGUGUUGGCUCAGCACCUAGCAGGGCAUUGGCACUGUGUGGAAAUGAAUCAGAUGUGCUAUGCAAAUCUGAUUAGUAUGUGUAAUAUGGUUUUAAUUUUUGCAUAGCUUAUCCCCCUGGACAGUAUGAACUAUUUAUUCUUUAGAGCUGUUUAAUUUUUAUGUGACCUCCUUUGGUAAGUAGGCCCUGUUUACUAUAUACCCUUUUGUGGGUUUGCCUUUAAAGUUCUUUGCAUCUGAAACAGUGAAGAAUGCAAAGUGUUUUAAAAUUAGAAAUACUAUCCCCUUCCCUGUUUAAUUAGUAACAAUACCCAAAGCCAGAAAGCUAGGUUCAAAAUGAGUGGUAGACUCAGAGAUGUUCCCACUCUCUGUCUCUCAUUUGUUCGUGUUCUACUUGGAAGAAGUUAGCAGUUCUUGUUAAAAAAUGAAAACAA